AUGUGGACCUCUGGUAGAAUGAGCAAAGCAAAGAGUUGGCUUGGACUUGGCAUGUCCUUGUAUUUUUGUGGGUUGAUGGAUCUUACAACCACUGUGCUGUCUGUCACUCCCAUGCCCCUCAAAGAACUGGAAGUACAUCUGUCGGACAAGACACAUUUGCACCACCGAAUAAAAAGAAGUUGGGUUUGGAAUCAAUUCUUUGUCCUGGAAGAAUACACUGGAACUGACCCUUUGUAUGUUGGCAAGCUUCAUUCAGAUAUGGACAGGGGUGAUGGGUCUAUCAAAUACAUUCUGUCAGGAGAAGGAGCCGGAAUUGUGUUCACAAUCGAUGAUACUACGGGAGACAUCCAUGCGAUUCAGAGACUGGAUCGGGAAGAAAGGGCCCAAUAUACAUUAAGAGCACAAGCCCUGGACAGGCGGACAGGCAGGCCUAUGGAGCCUGAGUCAGAGUUCAUUAUUAAAAUCCAAGACAUCAAUGAUAAUGAGCCUAAAUUCUUGGAUGGACCUUAUGUAGCCACCGUGCCAGAAAUGUCCCCUGUAGGCACCUCAGUUAUCCAGGUGACAGCAACCGACGCCGAUGACCCAACAUAUGGGAACAGUGCCAGGGUAGUGUACAGUAUUCUUCAGGGCCAGCCAUAUUUUUCCGUGGACUCUAAAACAGGUGUAAUUAGGACAGCACUCAUGAACAUGGACAGAGAAGCAAAAGAAUACUAUGAAGUGAUUAUACAAGCCAAGGAUAUGGGAGGACAGCUCGGGGGAUUGGCGGGAACAACCACCGUCAACAUCACCCUCUCCGAUGUCAAUGAUAAUCCACCCCGAUUUCCACAGAAGCACUACCAGAUGAGCGUGUUAGAAUCAGCUCCAGUUAGUUCUACAGUGGGACGUGUAUUUGCCAAAGAUCUGGAUGAAGGAAUCAAUGCAGAAAUGAAGUACACCAUUGUGGAUGGAGAUGGCCUGGACACCUUUGACAUCAACACGGAUCCAAGUUUCCAAGUUGGCAUCAUAACAGUUAGGAAGCCACUGAGUUUUGAAAGCAAGAAAAGCUACACUUUGAAAGUAGAGGGAGCCAAUCCCCACCUGGAAGUUCGCUUUCUGAACCUAGGCCCUUUCCAAGACACGACCACAGUUCACAUCAGCGUGGAGGAUGUAGAUGAGCCCCCUGUUUUUGAUCCUGGCUUUUAUUUUGUGGAGGUGCCUGAAGAUGUGGAGAUUGGAACCACCAUACAGAUCAUUUCUGCCAAGGACCCAGACGUGACCAACAACUCAAUCAGAUAUUCAAUUGACAGGAGCAGUGACCCUGGGAGAUUCUUUUAUGUUGACAUCACAACAGGGGCUCUCAUGACUGCAAGACCCCUUGACCGAGAGGAACUUUCAUGGCAUAAUAUCACCGUCCUGGCUAUGGAAAUGAACAACCCCACACAAAUUGGAAGUGUUUCUGUCACAGUAAAGGUCUUGGAUGUGAAUGACAAUGCUCCUGAGUUCCCCAGAUUCUAUGAAGCUUUUGUUUGUGAAAAUGCCAAAGCUGGGCAGCUGAUUCAGACGGUGAGCGCAAUAGACCAGGAUGACCCACAAGAUGGUCAGCACUUCUACUACAGCUUGGCUCCUGAAGCAGCUAACAACCCCAACUUCACUCUAAGGGACAAUCAAGACAAUACUGCCCGGAUUCUUACCAGGAGGUCUGGCUUUAGACAGCAGGAACAGAAUGUCUUUUACCUCCCCAUCCUGAUUGCAGACAAUGGAAGGCCCAUGCUGAGUAGCACGGGCACACUGACAGUCCAGGUGUGCAGCUGCGAUGAUGAGGGUGAUGUGAUGUCCUGCAGCGCUGAGGCCUACAUGCUCCCGGUCAGCCUGAGCAGGGGGGCCCUCAUCGCCAUCCUCGCCUGCAUCUUUGUUCUCCUAGUGCUGGUGCUUCUUAUCUUAUCCAUGAGGCGGCAUAGGAAGCAGCCCUACAUCAUUGACGACGAGGAGAACAUACAUGAGAACAUUGUCCGCUAUGAUGAUGAAGGAGGUGGGGAAGAGGACACGGAGGCCUUUGACAUAGCAGCCAUGUGGAAUCCACGGGAGGCACAGACAGGUGCAGCAGCAAAGAUGAGGCAGGACAUGCUUCCUGAGAUCGAGAGCCUGUCUCGGUAUGUGCCUCAGACCUGCACCAUGGAGAGCAACGUCCACAGCUAUGUGCUAGCCAAGCUCUACGAAGCUGACAUGGAUCUGUGGGCCCCUCCUUUUGACUCCCUCCAGACAUACAUGUUUGAGGGAGAGGGAUCUGCGGCAGGGUCCCUGAGCUCAUUGCAGUCAGUCACUUCAGACUCAGACCAGAGCUACGACUUCCUGACGGACUGGGGACCGCGUUUCCGAAAACUGGCAGAAAUGUAUGGUGUUACCGAAGGCGAUGGGCCACUGUGGUAACAAAUUGGUGAGGGAGAGGGGCCACAGUGUUCCCACAAUGCAG